UUAUUUUAUUCGAGUUUACUAACCUUACAGUUAACCGUUAUGAUUUGUGUGUAUGUGUUUUUGUUGUUAUUUAAAACACAUUAAACAUGAACGUGUCCGGAAAAAUUCUUUACCAAAAAGUCGAAUAUUUAAGACCAGAUUUGUCUACUAGUAUAACAUCUGACAUAUUUGAUAAAAUAUGCGAUAUAUCAACGGUCCAACCUUUUUUAGAAUGGUUUUGCAAUAAUGUCAGUCGUGCUAAUGUAUUAUCCAAAGAAGAAUUAUAUCUAAAAAACAAAUUAGAAAAUACGGAAGAAUGGUUAAGUGGAAAAGAAUUGGAUGAAGCACUCGAAGAAUUAACUCGCGAUAAUCCAGAAUUAUUGAAAUUAAUUCAUUUCGAAGACGAAAAUGUCAACGAAAAGUUUGCCGAAUUUGAAUCAUUGAAAGAUCUUUACAAAAUGGAUGGAGAUUAUGAAGAAUUAUUAAAGAAUAAUAUAUUGAAUUUAAAAGAAUUAGAAUAUUCAUUGGAAGAUGAAAUAGAACAAGAAGAGAAUAAUUAUGAAAAGGAACAAAUAGAACUAUUCAAAGCAUUCAAUGAUUGCAAUGAUAUUCUUGAAAAAUUUGAUGAACAAAACCGCAGUUUUUCUAGAGAAACUGAACAGCUUCUCGGUGUCUAUACGGAUGCAAUUGAAAAUAAAGGAUUACCAAUAUUGUGGAUACAAAUGCCCAUCGAUUUGUUCAUCAAACAAAUCAAGCUUUACAAUGAUUACUUGGAUAUACUGAUUAAGCGACAAUUCAGUUUAGAUGAUCAAGAGGUAGAACAACAACAAAAACAACAUGAUUCAGAUUACGAAACCUUUAUAAACGACAGUAAAGAAAGACAAAUCUAUAAACAUACGCAAGAAUUGGCGGCAUGCAAAUUAAAACUUACCAAUUCAAAGUUUGAAGUAGUCUACAUGAAAAUGCGUGAAGCCUCUUGCAGAACGAUGCUUGAACAUACUCGUUUAAUAUGGAACGAUGGAAAUUUAAAAGUACCCGAGCAAACCCAUUUACUAGACGAGAUCGUGGACUUGGCCAGAAGAAGAGAUUUUUUGGAAGAGAAUAUUACUCUUUUAAGAGAACGGCAACUUCCAGAAGUUAUAGAACAAUAUGUAGAGACUGCAAUAAUUCAAGUUUUACAACAAACCUUACUAGUCAGAUUGAGACGAAGGCAAACUCGAUUUGAAAAGUUAAAAUCUUUGUUGUCUUUCACUCGUGAACAUGGUCAUGUUUAUUCAGAUUUAUUAUGCAUAUUAAUGGAUUCUCAAUUUCAUUCGCUCAAAGAGAUAUCCGAAUUUAUUGCUAAUGCUCGUCAUUAUCUAACCACAGAAUAUUCUCUUUCUUCUUCGCGUUGCAAAAUUAUGCAACAACAGCAGAAAGAAUAUGCCGUACUUCAGGGUUCCAUUAUCAAUCAAAAUAUCUUCAACGAAUUAUUUAUAUCCAUGAUGUCAAUCAAUGAUGUUUCUUCCGAUGCAUUAAAUCAUGCACUAGUCAAAUACAACGAUCUAAUAUCAAAUAAUAAAGAAAAGAAACAAUUUAUAUUCGAUACUUAUAUAAAGGAUGAAAUCAAUAGGGUAUUGUUAUCGGAAGAAGAAGUAUUGAGUAAUUACGAUAAAGAAAGAAAUAUUGGAAUUACUAGAAGCUUUGUACCCCUUUCAUAUGAAUUGAAUGUGCAAUAUCAUAAAACAUUGGACCAAUUUGAAAAUGUUAAAACAAAUUUAACGACAGUGAGGAACGCGUUAAAAGAAAAAAUGAGAAACAACAAUCAUUUGGAAAAAGAUAAAGAUAUUUUGUGGCAAAGAUUUUUAACCGAUCCCGAAACGUUAAGAAAGAACUACGAAGAGACUAAACGAAUGGCGGAUCGAUCACAUUUUGGAAAGGAUACUAGAGUUUAAUAAGACUUUAAAUAAAAUAAGCGCGUAUAAGACUUAAAAGAAUAUUUUUAUUACAAAAAAAAGAAAAGAAAGAAACAAACAAAUAUACAUAUAUAUUUAGUUACUAAACAAUUGAAUGAUUGAACAUAAAAGUAAAGCAAUAUAAUAAAUAUUUUUGCAUUCGA